AACAACAAGUGUCACACCUGCCGGCGUUGUCUUUAUUACCCAUCGGAAACACCAAACCAAACAUCUUUCACUUGUAGUCUUCUAAACAGCCACAUUAAAAUCCGUAAUUUACAUCCCAUCAAAUCCUAACCAUCCAUCUAAACUAGGUUUCCUGUGUGCUGACAGUACACAGUCCUACCUUUUUCUAUUUGAAUUUCGAAUUACACCCACUUUCUAUUUCUCACUCUCACUCACAAUUUCGAAGAAUCAUAUGUUUGAAGAACAAUCUUUUCACAAGAUUCCUUUUCAAUUUCACAUAUUCGUUAUCCGUUUGUCCCCAAUUUAGCGUCUUUUUCGGUUCUUGUUUCAACCCUUUUGGAAAGAUGCGAAAUUUAGGGUUUUGAGAUAUGGGUUUUUGGUUUUGAUGAUCUUUGUUUUGUGGGUGUUGAAGAUUCUUGAAUGAGAUGGAAGAGAUUGGUGGGGGUGGAGUAGAUGAGUCAAGAAAUGUAAAGAUUUCUGAUGGGGUUCUUGAAGAGGUUGUUAAAGAGGGAAAUCAGGUGGAUUUGAAUGUUGUUGUGGGGAUGAGAAAUGAUGGUGAAAAUGUGUGUUUUGAUGAUGAUGAUGAUGAUAAAAAGAGAGGGGGUGAAGCAGGGGAAAAAGAUAGGGUGGUAGUUGUUGGUCUUCUUUGUAAGAGUUUUGAUGUAGAGAGUGUUAGAGGGAGUUACAAAAGGCGGAAGCUUUCGGGUAAAAAAGAUGAGAAUGAUGUAGGUGAAGGUGAGAAUGAUGCGAAUUCGGAGAAGAAGAUGGAAGAGGUUAGUGUUGGUGUUGCUAAUAAUGUAGGUGAAGGUGAAGGUUCCAAUGGGAUUGGGAACGGUGAGAAUGAUGCGAAUUCGGAACAAGUUUCGGAGAAGAAGAUGGGAGAGGUGGUUAGUGUUGGUGAUAAUGGUGUUAAAGUUGGGCGUAGGGGUCGACCGAAGGGUUCAAAGAACAAAAAGAAGAGGAUCAAAGACAUUUGUCAAAGUGGUGAGAAAGAUGAGAAUAAUGUAGGUGAAGCUUUGAAUGGAAUUGAGAAUGUUGAACAAGUUUCAAAGGCGAAAAAGAACAAAAAGAAGAGAAUCAAAGACAUUUCUCAAAGUGGUGAGAAAGAUGAGAGUAAUGUAGGUGAAGCUUUGAAUGGAAUUGAGAAUGUCGAACAAGUUUCAAAGGCGAAAAAGAACAAAAAGAAGAGGAUCAAAGACAUUUGUCAAAGUGGUGAGAAAGAUGAGAGUAAUGUAGGAGAAGCUUUGAAUGGAAUUGAGAAUGUCGAACAAGUUUCAAAGGCGAAAAAGAGUAUUGAUACGAAUGGUGUUCGUAAAGGUGUUGGCAGGGGUCGACCGAAGGGUUGUAAAGACAAAAAGCCGAGGAAGUGCAAAAGUCGGCCGUUGGGUGGAAGUCAAAGUCAAACUAUGGUUGAUGAACAUGUUAGUGCUCAAACUGAGAAUCCGAUUAACGGAUUGGACUGCAAGGAAUCAGGCGUUGAGGGUGAGAAUGGUGAAACUGGAGCUACUGUUGAUGAUUAUUAUGUUGUGGAAGAUGCGAAUAAUGCAGGUGAAAAUGGAAAUGGAAAGCGUAAGCGUAAGCGAAAGCGUGAGAAGAAACCGCGGUUAAUUGUAGCUGGUGAAAUCUUGGCUUAUGAUAAUGAGGUGAAAAGUAAAAAACCUGCUAAGAAGAAAGAGGAUCCAACUGUCCCCAAAAGGCCCAGAGGCAGGCCCAAGAAGUAUAUUGAAGGUUGUCGGAAACUCACUCGGAACAGAAACAUAAACAUAAACGGCCAGUCGAAUGCAGGUGUUUCAAAUGGAAAUAAGGGAAGUUUGAUGUGUCACCAAUGCCGCUUGAACGUUUAUAAAAAUGUCACCUCUUGUUCAAACUGCAAAAGAAAACGCUAUUGCUAUGGAUGCAUUACGACUUGGUAUCCAGAGAGAACAAAAGCGGAAGUCAAGGUUGCAUGUCCAUAUUGUCGUGGCAAUUGCAACUGCAGAACUUGUCUUGAAGCAAACGUAAUUGUAAAGGCUACUCAUAAAGAAGCCGAUGAAGAUACCCGACUGCAAAGGUCUCUCUAUUUGCUUACAAAAACUCUGCCUCUUUUGAAGCAUAUACAAGAAGAGCAAAGAUCUGAGCUUUUGGUGGAAUCUGGCAUACAUGGCGUUGAAUUGACUGAAGAACGUGUACCGAAAACUUCGGUUGAUGAAGAUGACAGAGUGUACUGUGACAACUGCAAUACAUCGAUUGUCAAUUUUCACAGAAGCUGCCCAAGUCCCGAUUGCUCGUACGAUAUUUGUCUCAAUUGUUGUCGUGAACUAAGAGACGGCAUCCAGCCUGGCGGUACGGAAGCCGAAUCUUCUUUCCAACAGUUUCUUGAACAUUCUCGACUUCAGGGUACCGAACCAAACACGCAGUUUUUCGGUUGGAAAGCCGAUUUUAAACCAGAAACUUCAAUAACCAACAAUUCGUUAGAUUUCCCUAUUUGGAAAGCGAACGUGAACGGAAGCAUACCCUGCCCUCCAAAAGCUCGUGGAGGUUGCGGUAUCGAAAUGCUAGAAUUGAAAAGAAUAUACGAAGCUGAUUGGGUCGAUGAGCUUGUUGAAAAGUCAGAAGCUUUGACUUGCGACUUUCAAAUGGCGAACGUGGACUUUGGAGAAAGAUGCCCCGUAUGCCCUAACGUGGAAAAUGACGAUGAUGUUGUGAGGAAAUCAGCUUCUCGAAAGGGUAGUAACGACAAUUUACUUUAUUGCCCUAACGCUAUUGAUUUGGAAGAUAAUGAUUUUGAGCAUUUUCAAAUGCAUUGGAGAAGAGGUGAACCGGUUGUGGUUAGAAAUGUUGAAAAAAAGACUUGCGGGCUUAGUUGGGAACCGCGGGUCAUGAUGCGGGGCUUUAGGAGCGCUCAAAUAAAGUUUAAGGAGGAAAAUAAAUGUGUCAAGGCUAUUGAUUGCUUGGAUUUAUGUGAGGUCGAGAUUCAUCUUUACCAGUUUUUUAGGGGGUAUGUGGAGGGUCGUAGGCAUCAAAACGGAUGGCCGGAGAUGUUAAAGCUCAAAGAUUGGCCACCGACAAAUUCGUUUGACGAGUGUUUGCCAAGACAUUGUGCGGAGUUCAUCGCAAUGCUUCCUUUCAGUGAUUAUACUCAUCCUAGAUCUGGUCUUCUUAAUCUUGCUACAAAACUUCCGGAUGGUUCUAGAAGACCCGAUUUGGGUCCUAAAUCUUAUAUUGCUUAUGGGUUUCCUGAAGAGCUCGGUAGAGGUGAUUCAGUCACGAAACUACAUUGUGACAUUUCUGAUGCGGUUAACAUUCUGCUACACACAACCAAAGUUAACGUUUCCCCUAGGGAACUCAAACGUAUUAACGAGUUGCGGAAGCAAUACAAAGCUGAAGAUAGCAAUCUUGCAACAGAACCACUAAAAGAUUCAAAUGUGGAUGUACAAAAAGGAAAUGCUGGUGAUAAUGAAGCUCUAAUGGCCGAAAAUCUAAGCUUUGACAAUAAUUUCAAUGGCAGCCAAGAUAAGAUGACGGAUCCGUUGACUUUGGGAACAACCGAGUCAAACAAACAUGAAUUAGAUUCUAAGCUUCCUCCUUGCCCCGAAGAAAACAAAGCAGAAGAUAUUAAUCUCACAACAGAAGCACCAAAAGAUUCAAAUGUGGAUUUUGUAUGCAUACAGAAAGGAGAUGCUGGUAAUAGUGAAGCUUUAAUGACCGAAAUUCUAAGCUCUAAUGGCAGCCAAGAUAUGAUGGUGGAUUCCGUGAAUCCAUCGACAACCGAGGCAAACAAAAAUGAAUUCACUUGCCCCGAAGAAAACAAAGCUGAAGAUGAAGAUAUUCCUCAAAGUGAUUCUGAUAUUGAAUAUGGUGGUGCUUUAUGGGAUAUUUUCCGUAGGCAGGACGUCCCCAAACUGACGGAAUACAUCAAAAAACAUCAGAAAGAAUUCCGUGGCAUCAACAACUCUCCUGUGGGAUCUGUUGUUCAUCCCAUCCAUGACCAACAAUUUUAUUUUGAUGAAAAACACAAGAAACAGCUCAAGGAGGAGUUUGGCGUGGAGCCAUGGACGUUUGAGCAAUACCUUGGUGAGGCUGUUUUUAUCCCUGCAGGUUGCCCACAUCAAGUUAGAAAUAGACAGUCAUGCAUUAAAGUAGCUCUUGACUUUGUGUCACCGGAUAACGUUGGAGAGUGCAUCCGUUUAACAGAAGAGUUCCGGUUACUUCCAAAAACUCAUAGAUCGAAAGAAGAUAAACUGGAGGUGAAGAAGAUGGGACUAUAUGCCGCAAGUGUUGCUAUUGAUGAAGCUACUAAACUUAUUCAGAAACACAAUUCUCAAUCGCAACCUGAUCUCCCUGCAACCGAACAAGUCGAUGAAAAGUCAGAGGUAGUUGUUGAACCAAGCGAAGAAGCUGUUGUUGUGUCAGAAGACUUGAGCUAGGAAAAAUAAGAGUGACUAGUUAUGACUUAUGGUGUGUAUGUUGUACUUCUGAUAGAUGAGGAAAUGUACAAUAAUUUCCUGUUUGAUUAGUGUUUAGGAUUGUGAAAUAGAUCAUACACAUCAAGACCAUUAAUCAUGCAAUCUUAGGACCAUAAAAUGUUAUUUUGUCAACUGUAAUAUGCUAGUUGAUUUUGUAUUCAUCACGAAAACUGUUUUAAGCAUUUGUACGUUGUGCUAAUCAGCUAUAGUGGUGGUGGAGAGAAGAUAGGCGGUUACGUGGUUA